AUAUUUAAAUAUUUUGAAAUAUGCAUUAGUUUCAUUGGCUUAUCGUAUAGUUGACGCAUGUUAUUUUAGUCCUAUUGGAUAUACAACCAUGAUCGAAAAAAUGGAUGAUGUAUUUUUUUAUUUGAUCGAAUUUUCUCAAUUAGAAAAACCCGUACAAUCAUUUGUGGAUGCCCCUUUACUUUUAGAUAUGGAAAUUGAAUUUGAUUUAAUUGAUUAUAUAAACAUGUCAUUAGAAUCAUUGCGUAAUAUGAAUCAAGAAUCUGAAGAAAAGUUACCAUUAAGAAUGAGAUUAGAAGAGAAACGAAAAAGACUUUUGUCUCGUGCGGCAAGUAAUAAAAUUAAAAUUCAUGUUGGUAAUAGUUCAAAUGUUGACAAGGCUGAAUUAAUUAAUGGAGAAAGAUCAAUUCGAUUAUCAUUAAUUUCAUCGAUUUCGGAAAUUCAAGAGGUUUUCCCUAACUAUGAUGAAAAAUAUAUAGAAAAAUGUUUAAUUGAUUUUAAUAAUGACAAAGAAAAGGUUAUCGAUCAAUUAUUACAAGGCACCACAGAAAUAUUAUUGGAUGAUAAAUCAUUUAUUCGAACCCAUAAGGAAUCUAUGAUAGACGUUGCAUAUAAUAUGAUGUACGAGGAUGAAUAUGAUGAUACGUAUGAUACUAGUGGAUUAAAUAUGGGUUCUAUUGAUUUACGUACAGUUGAUGAAUUAGAUGAUGAACCAGGAUGCGGUGGAAGAGGUGAAAGAUUGGAAAAAAUCGACCCAGGAUUUGCAAACGAGGGUGAACUAAUAAAUGCGUUUGAAUCAGAUCCUUCAGUAUUUGAUAGAACUAAUGCAACAAAAAAAUCAGAGAAACGUGCGAAACUUAAACAAAUCACACAAAUGACAGAUGAACAACUCGAAGGAUGGUUUAUUAUGUUUCAGAGAAACCCAAGAAAAGACAAAAUACUUGCAAAAUAUAAAGGGAGAAGGAAUGAAGAUCUACCAUCUAUAUCAGAAGGUGAAAUUGGUUCAUCAUCAUCAUCUCCAAAAUCUAUGGGAAUUAAUGAUGACGGAAGAGGAAGAAGUGGUGGUGGGAGAGGUGGAGGACGAGGGAGAGGUGGUGGGAGAGGUGGUGGAAGAGGUAGUGGUGAAAGAGGUGGAGGACGAGGAAGAGGUCGUGGACAAAGUCGAGGAAAUAAAUCAUCACGUGAUUAUGGCGGUGGUAAAAGUAAUAAUACUAAUAAUGAUAAUACGAGUAAUAAUAGUAAUACUAGUAACAAUGUUAAUGGUCCUGAUAUUGGAUCAUCAUCUUCAUCUACUUCACAGAAGAGAUAUAAUGAAAAAAAUAAAGGGAAAACAGGAAAUCACAAUAGGAAAAAUGAAUAUGCCAAGAAAAUGAUGGGAGGAGGAUUUGGUCAUAUACCACAAGAUUAA